AUGACAUCAAAUGAAAAUGUCUCCCCGUCGGUUCUAAAUCGUCUCAUAAAGGAAGUGCAAGAGUACACGAAGAAUCCAGUUUCCGACAUUCGCCUGCAAGUCAAUGAAGAGAACGUUACUGAUAUCAGAGCUGAGUUGAUCGGGCCAGAGGAGACACCUUAUCACGGGGGGGUGUUUGAGAUCAAGCUGCUUUUCGGUCCAGAGUUCCCUGCGGUACCACCAAAAGGGUUCUUCUUGACUCCGAUAUUCCAUCCGAACGUCUCUAAGUCUGGGGAGAUUUGCGUGAAUACCCUCAAGAAGGACUGGAAGUCAGAUUGCAAACUAAGCCACAUACUAAUGGUCAUCCGAUGUCUGCUCAUCGAACCGAACCCAGAGUCAGCACUCAACGAAGAGGCGGGAAGGAUGUUCAUGGAAGAUUAUGAGUCAUACGCGCAGCGCGCCAAGUUGAUCACAGGAGUGCAUGCCAUGAGGAAUAGAGACGGUGUUGUGAAGCAGACUGUGCAUGUUGAACCCAAGGAAAGUGAGGACUCAAUAACGGACAAUGAUGUGAAUAGCAAGGUUGCGAAAAGAAGCCAGGUAGUGAAGGACAAGGCAAUCGAGAAAAAGCGCAUGGACAAGAAAAGGAGUUUGAAACGACUCUGA